UCUCUCUCUCUCUGUCGCGCACACAGCGCGGGGUUUUGGGUCCAAGCUUUUUGCCAGAAAUCAAUGGAAAUUGAAUAAGGGUCUGCUAAAAUUCCCAUGGAGAACUGUGUUACAGCCAUGGCGGAGUCAAACGAGCCAGAGGGCGCUCAAUCGUUCCACGAAAGCUCUCCGGCGAGGAGGGCUGGCCUCUUCUACAAGCUGGUGGUGCCCUCCAUUCUCCAAGACAAGAAGCUGAAAAUUCCGAAUAAAUUUGCGAAGAAGUUUGGAGAUGAUCUCUCUGAUCUUGUUACUCUUGUUGUUCCUAAUGGCUAUCGAUGGGUUCUGGGAUUGAAAAGGAGUGGCCGUAGUUUGUGGUUUGAGGAUGGUUGGCAUGAUUUUGUCAAACACCACUGCAUUCAAGUUGGGCAACUCUUGGUCUUCAGAUUUGAAGGGAAUUCCAUUUUCAACUUUUAUAUAUUCAACCUAACUGCUAUUCCAAAUGGUCCAUGUAAUACUUCGAAUACUUCCUUUGAACAAAUCGACGGCGAACAAUGCCCAGCUACACUUGGAAAAGAAGCUGGAUAUGAGAAGUUAAUUGAAAUAUUUGGAUCCAGUUCUCCGGAUCCCUCUCCACGUUCUUCAGGCAAGAAGGCUUUUUGUGAGUUUCCAGAUCACCAGAAAUGGCAUGGCAGUUUGAAUGGGACUAGCAUUAAGAACUUUAUGCAUUGGUUUGACACAGAGAGCCUGCAUCCACUUAAGGAUUUAGAUAAGUUGCAACUACUAAAGUCAAAUCGGGAUAUCGGUAUUCAGUUUAAUGGAGAUGAGGUCUCAAAAGCUAGAGAGAAUGUGGACUUUCAAUUCUCAGAUGAAACAGAUGAAGGGGCCAGGAAAAAGAAGUUAAAACUUGAACCAAUUGACUACUACAAUGAGCCAUUAUUCGAAAAAAAAUGCGGAAGCAUCCCGCAUAAAAUUACUAGGAUGGGUUUCGGAGUUGAGGAGUUCAAGCCUGGUAAUCCUUUUUGCUGGAUUGUUAUGAGACAAUCCUAUGUAAGAAGAGGGUUCCAUCUGCAUAUACCAUCCAAAUUUGCUGAGAAGUAUCUGAAAGGGGUCUCAGGCGACAUCACACUUCAGACUUCUAGCGGAAAGCAAUGGCGUGUUCGAUGCAUUCGUGAAGGUCCUGGCACCAAACUAAGCAGGGGAUGGGCUGACUUUGUGAUGGAGAAUGAUUUGAAAGAAGAAGAUGUUUGUGUCUUUGAACUGAUUGAUAUAAAAGAUAUUGUGCUGAAAGUUACAAUAUUCCGCGUCCAUGGAGAUCCAACAAAAACUUGAAUCCAAGGAACCAGUGGAGAUCCAACUGGAAUUUCCAGUGCAUAUCUAGUGCAAAUAUGUUGGAAUUUUUAUUAAAAAACAGAUCACAUCGAGUUCUUGAUUACACAACAUCCUGUUGUUGCAGAUUAUCCUUGUAAUGUCCAGUUUUUCGUCUUUGGUCUUACAGCUUUUUUUAUUUAAAGCAUGAUGAAGUUGUAGAGUGGUUCAACUUUGGAACUCCAGUCUGUAAAUUCUUCCCCUUAAUGGAAAAAGUUUAAACCAAAGUUGGUUUUCUCUGUA